GUUUAUAAAAAGGGUGUGUUGCUACUGUUGGAGUGACUCUGAGGCAAUUACAGGACACAGUUUCACAUGUUGUGAGCUUAGAAUCGAACCAGGUUUACUACAUUGUUCAGUCUGGUGAGAUGGAGAUGCAGCACAGCAGCAGCAGCAGCAGCAGCAGCAGUGUGACUGACUUUCAGCAGCUGUGGGGAAGUUGGACCACCCUUCUGAAGCGUUUUCAUGAUGACCCCAAGGUAGCACAGCUGAAGAGCACAAGACUCGGACAGUACCUGAGCAGCCACCCUUUCUUUGCUCUCACAGUGUUGCUGUUCGGCGCCUUGUCUGCACUGCCUGUCGGACUUUUCCUCUCUUUUGCUCUUGUGACCUGUAUUAUGUCGGCAGUAGGUUUUGUUUUCUUUGAAGUGUUUCUGUUGUUUGUAGGAGGGCUGACUCUGCUGUGUCUGCUACCCGGCAUCGCCCUUUUCUCUGUCAUGGUUUCAGUCAUCUUUAAUGUGCUUUAUAUCACCGCCUCCAACAUCCUCAGCCGCUAUUACCCGCAUCUGACAAAGCAAUGUAAAGUCCAGGAGGAGGCGAGUGAAUGUGAAACUUCAUAACUGAAGGAAAUGCAGUAGGUUGAUUCUUGAAAUGACCCUUCAAAUGCACAGUAUGUAAUAAUUUUCUAUGCACAAAGACUCCCUGAUGGUUACUGUAUGUCUAAGGCCUAAAUAUUACAUAUUUUUCUAAAAUGCUUGUCAUCAUCUCUAUAUCUAGACAUUUUAUAUAGGUGAAUUGUUGUGAUGUGGGACACUUGCACUCCAGUGGGUGACCUAAAAGUCAAUAAAUGUAGCUCUCCAAUCAUACUGUAGAAUAGGAUGGAGCAAUCUUCAGCAGGAAACACCCUGUGUGUAGACCUUUUAUAUAUGUCAAUGGUGUAGACCACCCAAAGGUCAGUGGCAGUGUUUAAACCAGACUGUAAUAAGAAAUACAUAACAUAUAAAGACUGAAAUAGGGUUCGAAAGGUGGGACAGUUUGAUUGGCCUGAUGUGGAACAGCAUAUUUUUUUGCAAUAACAAUGGUUAUUUACAGGGUUUUAGUCUUCUAAUGCAUUAUUUUAAAUAAAUAAUAAUAAUGUUUGAGUUCAGAAAAUUUAAUAAAAAUUGUUCCACUUAAUUCUAUGCAUAUUAUUGAUUAUUCAAUGUAAUGUAUUUCAGAUCACAAUGGUAAAGAAGAGAAAUAAGACACAGAGAAAGGCAGGCAAAAAAUCAGGGAAGGAAAUUGAAUCAGUGGAGGCAGGAAGGAUGAGGGGAGCAAUAGACUAUAGACAGAUCGUUGAGGAUGGUGGGGUCCCUUGGCUGAGGCUGUUGGCCAGAGCCAAUAGCUUGAAUGCUAUUGACCUGAGAUGUUUAUAUUACAUGAAUUAAGAUAAUUUAGGCCUUUUAACAUUGUCCCACAUUUUGGACAUGCAGAUUGUCUGAGACAACUUGGCACUAAGAGUACUGAUAUGUACCAUUUCUUUUAUUAGUGUGAUAUAGCUACAUUUUCUUUUCUUUUUUGGUUUGAUUAGGACACAUCCUGGGGAUUUCGGAGUGGUAUUGAGUGUGGAUGUAAUGUGUUGGCUUCAUCUGAAAUGCAAACAAUGUCCCACAUUUGGCUAAUUCAAGAAGAAUAAAAUGUCUACAACAGCCAAAACAUGAAUCAACUAACCUUUCAAUUGCAUUAAUAGCCAUAUACGGAAGACUUAUUUUAGUCUAAUCCAAACAUAUUCUAUAUGCACUAUGCACAUAUCUUGUGAAAUGGUGGCUGAUUUCAAGUAUCAGAGAAAGAUGUUGACUCAUGGCUGAACAGUGUAGUUAAUCCAAAUGCACUAUUCUAUUCAGUCUGAAAAUGCCUGUGUACUGUAUGUUGUGUAUGUCUGCAAAUAUCUGAUGCACAUGCUUAUUAAGCAAAAGAAAUCACUACAAAAUAACUGUUACAUGUGUGUUUGCUGUUGUAGAAGAAAAUGAAUUACCUAACAAUUUUAGUCUCAUUUUAUACUGAUAUCCUCUUUGUGUCGCCUGUGUUAAUUAAGUCUGUCUCCCUUUUUGCCUCGCUUAGUAUUUAAAACAAAGUAUUUUACUUUGGUCACUGUGAGUGAGACUGUUUCUUUAAAGCCCAACCCAGCUCCAGGGGAGUUCACACCUUAUUUAACAAAGGACCAUUUUUAAAUAGUUUGAGAUGGUAUUGGGUCCAUGUAAACCUACUCAGAUAGUUUUGUGAGUGAAUGUCUUCUCAGCUUUUGUUAUUCUGUUGCUUCCUGUAACUUUGUAUAGAACCCUGACUAGAAACUCAUUCUGGUCAGAGAGAAUCCUACAACUUCUUGUGAGCUUCUUUCUCCACUGCGCAGUGAAUAAAACUCAUCUGAACCAGCCACGGAACUGGACCUGAGAGAACUUUUUCUUCUACACUGUUAACUUUAAAAGAGCACAAUGUUGUACGUUUGUAAUGCAGCUUUGAAUAAAUCCUUAUCAGGAUAAA